GCUCAUGACCAUGCCAGCACCGCUGAAGGAACGCAAGGCCGCCACAGACCCUACCAAGGUCUUCCACUACACAGACUUGCAGCGCAAGAAGCCCACCCGAGAGAAUGAUCCAUACACGUACAUGCACGGCUGGAACAACAGACACCAGUCCGAGGUCAUUCCUGGCACCUUGCCUGUAGCUCAGAACAAUCCGCAGGAAGUCCGCUUCGGCCUGUACACUGAGGGCAUUACCUACAGUGCAUUCGCUGCGCCGCGUGCCCACAACUACAGUACCUACAUGUACCGCGUACGACCUGCCGCAGCUCACAAUGGCUACAAGAAGAUCGAGUCUAAAGCACACAUCCAAAACUGCUUCCUGUCCCUCAACCCCGAAGUCGAAACUCUACCCGAACAAGCAGAAUGGGGCCCCUUCCCUCUCCCCGAAGACUCUGAAAAGAUAGAUUUUGUCGAUGGUCUACACACUCUGGGUGGUUCGGGCGAUCCCAACUUGAGAGAAGGCAUGGCUCUGUACAUCUAUGCCAUCAAUGCAUCCAUGGAGAAGCGAGCAUUCUGCAACACAGAUGGCGACUUCCUCUUCUGCGCUCAACAGGGAAACCUGGACAUCCAGACUGAGUUUGGAAUGAUUUUCCUACAGCCUGGAGAGAUCUGCGUUAUUCAGAGAGGUGUGAGAUUUAGAAUCGCUUUGGCACCUGGAGUGCAAAACGCUAGAGGAUACACCACAGAGGUUUGGGGCAGCAUGUGGGAGUUGCCCGAUCUGGGUCCUCUGGGUGGCCAUGGUCUUGCUAACCCAAGAGACUUUUUGUACCCUGUUGCUCACAUCGAUGACGAGCUGAGUGGUGAUUGGGAAGUUGUGAAUAAGAACAAUGGAAAGUACAACUGCCUGGAGCAGGACCACAGUCCAUUUGAUCUGGUCGCAUGGCAUGGCAAUGUUGUUCCGUACAAGUUCGCUUCCCAAAACGCAACCAGCAUCGACCACACCGAUCCCUCCGUCAACACCGUCUUGACCGCCAAGUCUCGCGACCCCAAUACCCCCCUUGCCGACUUCCUCUGGUUCGGCCCAAGAUGGGACGUAGCAUCCAACACCUUCCGCCUACCAUACUUCCACAGGAACUCUGCCUCUGAAUUCUUGGCCUGCUUAUACGGUGAAGGCCUUGGAAGAAGCGACUAUUUCCAACCUGGCGGUGGCAGUUUCGAGGGCGGCCAUACACCACACGGUGGGUUCUCUGAUGCCUAUGUGGAUGAAAUGCGCAUCCAAGAAAGCGAGCCGAGAAAGAUUCUGGAGGGACAGAUGACUAUCAUGGUUGAGAGUUCGAGGACUUUCUUGUGGACCGAGUAUGCGAGGGUUGGUUGCGGUACUAUCAACACCCGUGGAACGGACCCGAAGGUCUGGGAUACGUUGCCUGAUCGUUUCUCUAACAAUCCUGAGGCCAAGGCGUUGUUGAAGAGAGUUAAGGAGGACAAGAAGUUGAUGGAGGAGAGAAGCAAGGUUUACUAUGAUGAUGCUGCGCUUAAGGAGUUGAUGCACGGCAAGACGAACGGGCAU